AUGAAGGAACAGAAGGAAAGAAAUAAAUGGAAGAGUACAGUCAAUCCUUAUUAUUACCAUAAUGGUGACGUUUCUGGCAAGUCCGAAGCAAGGUCGGUCCUGGCCUCCCUGCCCCAGACAAGGCUUGGCCAGGCCGGCAAGGACGGGCGCAGGCAACCCGAGCCCAGAGCCAGGAACCACCAGCGAGAGCCAGCAAGGAAAGCAAGGACAGGCGGGCAAGGGAGGCAGGGCACACGGGAAGGCACGGCGUGGAGAGACCCGCGGGAGCAAGCUGUGAGCAGCAUGUCCGGAGCAGAGGAGGUCUGCACGGUGCCUGAGCAGGAGUGGGCGCCCGAAGUGACAUGUUCUGGGGGCCCCUCCGAAGGCAGCGAAGCGAAGGCCAAAAAGAGCCGCUCCUCCCGGUCCUCCCGGGCCGGGCUGCUGUUCCCUGUGAGCCGCGUAGACAGGCAGCUGCGCAGAGGCCGCUUUGCUGAGCGCUUUGGAGCCAGGGCCCCCGUCUAUCUGGCUGCGGUGCUGCAGUGGGUGACGCACAAGACCAUGGACGUGGCUGGCAAGAUUUCCAAGAAGAGCAAGCAGCAGCGCAUUUCUCCAUCACACUUGCAGACGGCGAUGCAAAAGAGCUCUGUGCUCAAGCAGCUCCUGCGAGGCAGCAUGCCCAGGUGCCGUGGCAGGGCUGUCCCCAAAAGCCAGCGCGUGGCCUCAUCCUCCAAAAAGAAGACGACCAAGAGUAAGAAGAGAUACCCCUGGCAAAGGGCUGCACCUGCCCGUGCCACUGCUGCUGUCAAGUGA